CCGAGCCCGCAGCCCACGACACCGGUCUCUCCUCCUCUCCUACAUAGCUUCUGCAUCUUUUGUCGAGAGUAAGUCCACGGUACUCUCUUCUUCUUUCUCGGCCUCGUCCAAUAGAAAAGCUUUCACAUCACACCCCAGCGCCGAAACAAGCGACACGCAAGGAUUUAGGUGGAGCAGGCGGGCGAAGCAGACACACACGUCGAGUACUUCCCUCGGAAGAGAUCUCACGGUUGGUCGACGAUGGAGGUCGACGAGGGAGUGGUUUUCCAAGCCGGCCAGGUGGAAGCCGAUGCAGCAGCAGCAGCAGCCGGAGCAGAAGACGUAGACAUGGGCACUACCGACGGAGAGGCGGCGGCGGCGGCGGCGGCGGCGGCGCGGCCAGACUUCCCGGCGCUCACGGCGCGAGAGAUGGGAGGCGGCAAGGACGACUUCCGUAGUAUUCGUUGCCCCCCCCACCGAUUAACGCCCUUGCGGAACUGCUGGGAGAACAUCGUGACUCCCACGGUGGAGCACAUGAAGCUCCAGAUCAGGUUCAACCGAAAGACACGAAAUGUGGAGCUGAAGUCGUCGAAGCACACCGAAGAUGCUUCCGCCCUGCAGAAAACCGCCGAUUUCAUCCAGGCGUUCAUGCUCGGCUUCGAAGUGCAGGACGCGGUGGCUUUGCUGCGAUUGGACGACCUCUACGUCGACUCGUUCCAAGUGCAAGACGUAAAGACGCUGACGGGAGAUCACCUCAGUCGUGCGAUCGGUCGUAUCGCCGGGCAGGGAGGCAAGACGAGACACGCAAUCGAGAACGCGACUCGAACGCGAAUCAUCGUUGCCGACCAGAAGGUGCACAUCUUGGGCUCCUUCAGCAACAUCAAGGUUGCUCGCGACGCUAUCUGUGCGCUGAUUUUGGGGGCUCCACCCGGGAAGGUGUACAACCAGAUGCGAAAUGUGGCUCGUCGAAUGAGCGAACGCUUCUGACGUGUUUUCUUUGUAGUCCAAGGAACUUGCGGUGCCAUUGAAAAAUUUGCCUAUGAUCCGGUUCGGGAAGUAGAGUCUUGGACUGACGGGGCUGGAGUGUGGAUGAGUGGGCCGAGGGGAGCUUAGGAUGUUUCGCCGCGCCCAUCCAUGGUAUCAUCUAUUCCCACCUGUUCAAAGGCUCCCCCCGCGCGGAUACUGCGGUGGUGCGAUAAGCUUUUGUGCCGGCCGGGUUCUUGUAAAUGUAAGUGUAUGCCAUACGGCUGUUCUUUUUUUUUUUUCGCUGAAGAUAGGGCGUCUUGAUACGACUUUUGGCAUGCUGUGAAGCAGAAAGGAUGCCAUGCCACCCACUCCGCACGCUCUGCUAUCGCCUGGGGGCAUGCGGCGUUGCUAACGCGGACGGUUUUGGCCCUCCCUCUUUAGAGCGGGUAUAUGGUGCCGGGCCGAUCCACCUUCCCGUUAUCGCGGGCGCCCGCCGUUUUCACUAGCGUAACACACCUUGGAUUUCUCUCGGCGAAAAGGGAAUUCACCCGCCCAGUACCGGCCACCCGCCGUAUGUGUACCGCUU